GGGAGGCAGGACAGGAUGAAACCGCAGAGCCUCAGGACGAGCCCCUUUGGGUCCCCAGGAAGGAGCUCCUGCCCCAGCAGGACCCAGAUUGCCUGAAAACAGAGGAGACCUGGGAGUGGUCAGCUCAUGAAGGCUCCUCAGGCUGGUGCCCCAGAGCAGCCCCUUGUCCAGGAGCAGCAGGUGCAGGGACCCCGAGCAGAGCAGAGAUGAAGCUUCGUGAGAAAGGGCCUGUGAACAUGAAGCUACAAGAGAUUCCCACAGGGGGACUGGUGGAGAUGGGCUUUCUGACACCUGUGCCAGGCCAACUGGACAAUGGGCAGGGCAGGCCUCCAAAGCAGGGGGAGCGUACGGAGCUCUGGGAGGCCUUUGAGGACGUGGCUGUGUACUUCACCCAGAAGGAGUGGGAGCUGCUGGGAGAUGAAGACAAGGAGCUUUACCAGGACCAGAUGCUGAGGAAUUACCAAGCCCUACUUUCCCUGGGAUAUCAAGGUCCGACACCUGGCUUAAUCUGCCGCAUCGAGCGAGGAGAGGUGGAGCUCUGGGUUUGUGAUGAUGAGGACCAUGGCGACAGCUCAAGAGCUGAAGACCUCUUGCCAGAUUCCUGUGACUUGGAGGAUACCUGGGACUUAUCAGCAGAGGAAAGCUCCACAGGCUCAUUGCCUGCAUCAGACCUUUGCCUGGAAGCAGGAGCUGGCUUGAUGCUGAACAGAGCUGACAAGAGACCUGCAGAGGAAGGGCCUUCAGAUCUGGAGUCAUGGCAGACUUCCCCAAGUAGAUCAGGAGGGAGGGUCCCUCCAAGUCCCAAGAAGGACAAUUUGCAUAAGAGGCCCAGCAGGUCCCAAAACCAGAUGGAGAAUGUGAUGAAAAAAGUACCGACUCUUGUUGGGUAUGAGAGUGGAGCCGAGGCAAAGCCCAAAAAGAGCCACGGUUACAGGGAAGAAUUUGAUAAGCUGAAAAAUAGGAAGAAUCCCAAGGGAAAGAUUCGCCCAGGGGAGAGAUUUCAUCCAGGGAAGAAGCCACCGCAGUGCUCCGAGUGUGGGAAGCACUUCACCCUUUCCGCAAGCCUGGCUGAGCACCAGCGCAUCCACACGGGGGAGAAGCCAUAUGGGUGCUCUGAAUGUGGGAAACACUUCACACACUCCUCGAGCCUGGUCCACCAUCAGCGCAUCCACACAGGGGAAAAGCCACAUCGCUGCCCUGAGUGUGGGAAGAGCUUCACCCAAGUCUCCCACUUAGCCCGGCAUCAACAAAUCCACACAGGGGAGAAGCCACAUCACUGCCCUGAGUGUGGAAAGAGCUUCAUCCUCUCCUCCCAUCUGGUCCGGCACAAGCGCAUCCACACGGGGGAGAAGCCAUAUCAGUGCCCUGAGUGUGGGAAGAGCUUCACCCAAGCCUCCCACCUGGCCCGGCACCAGCACAUCCACACAGGGGAGAAGCCAUAUCAGUGCCUUGAGUGUGGGAAGAGCUUCACUCGCUCCUCCCACCUGGCCCAGCACCAGCAGGCCAACAGGGGGGAAAACCCACAUCAGUGCCCUGAGUGUGGAAAGAGCUUCAUCGGGUCCUCCCAGCUGGUCCAACACCAGCGCAUCCACACAGGGGAAAAGCCAUAUCAGUGCCCUGAGUGUGGAAAGAGCUUUACCCUCUCCUUUCACUUGACCCGGCACCAGCGCAUCCACACAGGGGAGAAGCCAUAUCAGUGCUCUGAGUGUGGGAAGAGUUUCACUGAAUCCUCCCGCCUGGUGCAGCACCAGCGCAUGCACACAGGAGAAAAGCCACAUCAGUGUCCUGAGUGUGGAAAGAGCUUCCUCUGGGCCUCCCAGCUGGCCCGACACCAGCGCAUCCACAAGGGGAAGAAGCCACAUUAGUGCUCACAGUGUGGGCAAAACUUCAGUCUCUCCUCCCAGCUGGAAAAGCACCAGUGCACACACACCCAGGAGCAUCCAUAAAUCUGCCAGCAGUGCAGGAUGGACUUGGGGAUGUCUGUGUGUUUUGCACCCACCAGUGGUUGCAUUCAGGCAGGCAGCUUCAUCUCAGUAAGAGUGCAGGAAGAGUUCACCCUGCCCUCAGCCAGUUAUAGCACGAAAAAGCUCAAAGGAUCUUGAUGCUGAGAUGCAAAGUUUGAUUUUGGGGAGUUGCUGUGAAGAACUACCUCAGGCAGAAGCUAGUUCAGAUGUUGGAGGAACCUCUGAGGUGAUGAUCUUCACAUCAGCCCUGGACCCAUGACAUUCCCCAUCAUUCUCUGCAUGCACUCAGUAGUCCUAGGGGAGAAGUGCACUGGCAGUAGGGUGCCCUCCCAAGACAACUGACUCUAGAUGAUGCUCAGGGACUGUCUUGUGCUUCUUCCAAACUUUGUUCUCCCUGCUGGUCCCAGGGUCCUGGUACGUGGGGUGCUUGAGUUGUAGGGAGGAGAACAUUAAUGGUUUGCAAAGCAUUCCCUGCUCUGUGCGCUGACCUCACCUUUCCUCACCAACACAUAGUUUCAUAGUAGUUAGGGGUCAGGAUGAACAGAUCAUCUAGCCUGACCCCCUGCCAAA